AUGGAUCCCAAGGGGCUUCUCCCGGUGAAUUUCCUGCUGUUUUUCUCCCUGGCUUUUGAAUGGAGCUGUGGAACAGGCGAGGUCUUGAUAAAUUGCCCAACAAUCCUUGGGCAGUUGGGAAGCAACGUGCUGCUGCCCCUGACACCCGAAAGGAUAAGCAAGAGCGUGAACAAGAGCAUCCGCAUCGUCAUCACAAAGGCAAAAUCACCGGGGGACUGGUCGAAAAAGAAAAUUGUGUCUCAUGAUCUGCCAGAAGGGGGCUCUGCGCACUAUUUGGAAGAUGGCUACACGUUCGAUCUGGAAAACCUGGGGAUCUUGGAAAGCAAAAAGGAGAAUGAGGGCUGGUACCAUAUGACCCUGGAGGGAAAUGAUUCAGUCCAGCACUUUUGCCUGCAGCUGAAGCUCUAUGAGGGGGUCUCCACUCCAGAAAUUAAGGUGUUGAACUCAACUCAGAAGAAUGGAAACUGCAGCUUGAUGCUGGCCUGCGUGGUGGAGAAGGGGGACCACGUGGCUUACAGCUGGAGCAAGGAGGCAGGCAUCCAGUCACUGAGUACAGCAAAUGGCUCCCACCUCCUGUCCCUCACCCUUGGCCCUCAGCAUGCUGACGACAUCUACAGCUGCACAGCGACCAACCCCAUCAGCAACCGUUCCCAGACCUUCAUCCCGUGGUCUAGAUGCAGGUCCCAUUCCCCAGAAUCAAGACAAUGGGUACUGUAUGCUGGGCUGUGCUUACUGGGCAUCGUUGGUGUCAUGAUUCUCCUUGUGGUAACGCUACUGUUGAGAACAAAAGGUAAAUCAGACCAUUACCAGCCAACAGUGGAAGGAAAAAGCCUUACAAUCUAUGCCCAAGUCCAGAAAUCAGGUGUUGUUCAGAAGAAAUCCGAUCCCCUGCCAGCUCAGGACUCCUGCACCACCAUUUAUGUUGCUGCCACAGAGCCUGUCCCAGAGCCUGUUCAGGAACCAAGCUCCAUCACAGUCUAUGCCAGUGUGACACUUCCAGAAAGCUGA